CGGGAGUCGGGACCCCGAGCUCGCACUGUUCGCCUUGUGCCCUGCGGAGAAGGCUUCACCGCGCGACGACCGUGUUUGGCGGCGGCGGCAGCAUGUGAGCGCAUCUCGGCGUUGGGACGGACGCCCGGUUUGGAGCGUGCGCUUUCCGUCGCUCGGAAGGGCCGCCUGUUGUACUCGUCCCCCGCGUCGUGUGGAUACCGGGCGGCGUGCCACAACCUGCUUCGACGUCGCUUGUGUCCGUCCGAGUUGUGUGGUCGCGGGUGCGGCUGGCGCCUCGGCACUGGCCUCGCUGCUGUUCUUGCCGGAGGCCUCACACGAUGGACUGUCGCUGCCCGUCAUGCGGCCACCGAUGACGUGAGGAGACCGCGACGAGCCUGACGCGUGCGUACGGUUCAGCGAUGGCGUCGUCGCCGCCACUGCGGCAACCACGGUGGCCACUGCUGUGGCUGCUCUCUCUCUUCGUCGGCGCCCUGCUGCUACCGGCCCGACCGAGCAGGGCUUUCGACUGGGGUUCAUGCAACCAAACGCUGGGCAUGACCAGCGGCGAAAUCAAGGACGAAGAUAUUUCGGCCAGCUCUACUCACAAUGCCGCCAGUGUUGGACCACAGUUUGCCAGGCUUCUUCGGGAACUGAAUGGCGGCGCCUGGUGUCCGGCGCCGCAGAUCUCUCCGCAGACGCACGAGUACCUGGAGGUGAACCUCCGGUCGGUGCACGUGCUCACCUCGCUGGCGACGCAGGGCCGCUUCGGCAACGGCCAGGGCCGCGAGUUCGCCGAGGAGUUCAUGGUGGAGUACUGGAGGCCCGGGCUGCACAAGUGGCUGCGCUACCGAAACAGGACGCACCACGAGAUCUUCGAGGGCAACACCAACACGUACACGGAGGUGCGGCGCACCCUGGACCCGCCCGUGAUCGCCUCCAAGGUGCGCGUGGUGCCCUACAGCAGCAUCCUGCGCACGGUCUGCAUGCGCAUCGAGCUCUACGGCUGCCCCUGGACGCAGGGAAUCCUGUCCUACUCAAUACCACAAGGUGAGCGCCGUGGAACGGACGUCGACCUGUCCGACGCCACUUACGACGGCAUCAAGGACGACAGCUACUUGCACGGCGGCCUCGGACAGCUCACCGACGGCGUCGCGGGCAGCGAGAACUUCAAGCUCGAUGUUUCGGGAUACGGCAAAGGGUACGAGUGGGUCGGCUGGCGCAACGACUCGCUGCACUCUCAGCCGCUCGAGCUGGUCUUCGAGUUCGACACGGUGCGAAACUUCUCGGCCGUGUUCCUGCACUGCAACAACAUGCACACCCGCGACGUUCAGCCGUUUCGCGCGGCGCGACUGUCGUUCAGCGUGGGUGGAAAGCACUACCUGGGCGAACCGCAGCACUUCAACCUGAUGCCGGGCCUGUUCAACGAGAAGACGCGCAACGUCACCAUCCGGCUGCACAACCACGUGGGCCGCUUCGUCAAGCUGCAGCUGGAGUUCGCUGCCAAGUGGCUGCUCCUCAGCGAGGUCUCCUUUACCUCCGUACCUGCCGUGGGCAACUUCAGCGAGGAGGAGGCCCCCGCGGCGCCCCCGAUCGUGAGCACAGCCAUGAGCGAGGACCCCAUGUCCAAGCAGUACGUGGGUCUGGUCAUCGGUGUGCUGGCCGCCGUCAUCCUGCUCCUCGUGCUGGUCAUAUUCGUCAUCGUGGCCCGCAACAGGCGCCGGAAGCACAGCACGCCACAUGCCAUCCUCAAGCCGCUCGACAGCCGCGUCACCAUCAACAUGAAGGAUCUUGCGUUAGCCUAUUCCCCCCAGUACGUGGCACGGGAAGCUAAUGGGAAUCUUUAUGGCCAGGUCGCCCUUGAAGACCCAGACCCUGACAAGCUGCUGUACCACGAACCUCAAGAUUUUAAGCCCAUCUACCCAGGAACCUACAGUAACGAAUCGACAACGUCCCGCGAGUAUGCGGUGCCUGACAUGAACAAGAGCCCCGUGCUGGGCUCGCACAAGUCGUCGCCGUUUCCCCAGACGAAGCCGCCGCCCCCGCCUGCCACUGAACAGUAUUACGCCGCCACAGACGUCGUCGUAAGCUUGCCCAACAUACAGGGUGUGAGCGGCAACACCGUUUACUCUGUGCCGACGCUGGACCUGUCAUCGGCCGACGAGAAUUCUGGAGGCGCAACACUACCGCCCGUGCGGGAAGUGCCCCGGCACAGAAUCCGCUUCAUUGAGAAACUCGGCGAGGGGCAGUUCGGAGAGGUGCACCUGUGCGAGGCCGAGGGCAUUCCCGAGCUCGUGGACGUGCCGGUCAGUUUUGGCACCAAGACGCUGGUCGCGGUGAAGACGCUACGCAAGAAUGCCACCGAGCACGCGCGCGCCGAUUUCCUGAAGGAGGUGAAGAUAUUGUCCCGGCUUCGUGACACCAACAUCGUGCACGUAUUGGGUGUGUGCACAAGGGACGAGCCGCUCACCAUGGUGGUCGAGUACAUGGAAAACGGAGACCUGCACCAGUUCCUGCAACACCACCUGCCCGACACGUUCGCACCACCUAUCGCCAACAACGUGCUCAGCUACGGAAGCCUCAUCUACAUGGCGACGCAGAUAGCAUCAGGAAUGAAGUACUUGGAGUCACUCAACUUCGUUCAUCGGGACCUGGCGACGCGCAACUGUCUGGUCGGCAACGCGUUCACCAUAAAGAUAGCCGAUUUCGGCAUGAGUCGGCAGCUGUACGCCUGUGACUACUAUCGCAUCGAAGGCCGUGCUAUGCUGCCCAUUCGAUGGAUGGCCUGGGAAAGCGUACUCAUGGGCACCUUCACGACUAAGAGCGACGUAUGGGCAUUCGCCGUCACCCUGUGGGAGAUUCUGACGUUUGCACGCCAGCAGCCGUUCGCCUCCCUGAGCGAUGAGCAGGUUAUCGAGAACGUGAGCCAUUUCUACCACAACGACGGCCUGCAGACGCACUUGCCACAGCCGCCAAAUUGCCCCCGUGAGAUCUACGACCUGAUGCGUGAGUGCUGGCAGCGCAACGACUCGGAGAGGCCAAACUUUAGGGAAAUCCACCUCUUCCUCCAGAGGAAGAACCUCGGAUACACCCCAGAGUCGUGAACGGCCGCCCGAUUACGUGGCCUCGCCCCGUCGCGCGCCGCUGGCACCGUCAUCGCGUGACAGCGCCAAUGGGCUACUUCGUACCCCAAGAAACCCUUCCUUCGUGGCCCGUUUGUCUCCGACUCCCUGCAGAUAUCGCGGUUCUCGCGAGCAAUCGCCAUCUUCACCGUGAUUGUGUGACGUCGCAAAUGUGUACUUUCUCACGAGACGCCGCGCGCAAGUCACACUGGCACGAAUCCGAGAACCGAAAAGCGCGAAGAUUUGGCGCCGGAAACAUUGUCACUAAGGAAGUUUUUGUGUCGCCAGAUCUUUGCGGAUAUUCGUCACUGGCGGUCGAAAAAGGGUGACCAUGCCCGUGGACUCCAUGAAUUGAGGAGGAUAAUGCUAGGCAAGAUCGAGUGUCCGCGGAGGCUGCUGAGCUAAAAUUCAGGCUCAGCCGCAUGCGGGCUCGAUAACUUGCCUACUACACGGAUUUGCAAAAUGCCAGAAUACCCGAAUUCCCGGAAGGCAAGUGUGCUCUGCUGAACUUUUCGAUGUGAAUUCUCGAGGCAGAAAGAACAAGAAAGCACCACCUCGCCAUCUUGGAAUUUAGCGCCGUGCCUGCACUGAGCCAUAGGCGACUUGGUGCCAGUGUGUUGACACGAAGCCCCACUUGUGCCAUGAGACUUCUCCCCCUCCCUACUCCCCUUGUGACUCUACUGGGCACGUGGACUGCUUACCUUCCUUUGUACAUACGACCAACCAAAGUAUAAUAAUGCCUACGUGAAGCACUCCAGAAGAGGACGCGCAUUGCGUCGUAUAAAUACACUCUGCCCAGGCUGUAAUAUUUUAGUGGAUUUUUGAUGUGCACGUACUUAUAGACACACCAUGCUUUUGUGUUAUUUGUAAACACUUUGUCAAGUGCAACUAGUGUCGCUUAAAACUAGUUCCUUUAUUCUGCGAUGGAAUUGUUGUGUGAGUUGCCAUACACAUCUAGCCUUGGAAUGCAUCUUGUCUAUGUUCGAUCAAGGCACAAUGCAUGUUAAAAAAUGAAACUGUCUCUAUCCAGUAAUCUGCUUGUCUUGUUAUUCUCUUGUACCUAUGUCUGUGAGAGAAACAUGGUAAAGGUUGAGCAACUCAUUGUCAUGCCAUUUGUUGGCCUGCUUUGGACAACAAUUGAGGUCACAUUUACAUUCUUUUUUGCCCAUCUUCCAUGUGAUAACGUGCUCAACCCCUGUACAGAUUUUUCCUCGAGACCAUGGCAAUAUUUCAGACUUGGCUAAUCUGCCCUUAUUUAUGUACAUGAUUGUGAAAGUCUGACGAUAUAUCUAGCGAGGACAAAUGGCUUCAUGUUUGAAAAAACCGAGCAAUGCAGAACUGAGGAGACUUCAAGUUUUAUGAAAUAAAGUGUUGUAGGUUGACCUGUAGACAACAUAAUUCCUGGUAAAGCUAUGUGCGAGAAAGCAAUACGAGUUUCAAUUAUUAUUUGUAAUUUUGCUUCAACUUUCAAUAUCGAUGACUUUAUGAUAAAAGCGGCCAUCUAAGGAGUCAUUCUUCUUACUGAAAACAAACGUAGAUUUAAAGCUAGCCAAUCCAUCCUGUUUACUGUUUUUUUUUAUGUUUCCCUUCCACAUCAAACUUUAAUAUUACUGUUUCAGGUGUUUUAAUGAUUAUGACUCGAGCCACAAAAAGUUAAUUUUUUCCCCCUGCUCUCCUGGCUCCAAUACUAUUCUGCAUAAGCGCAAUUGUCCUUCGUUCAAAUUAUGUAACAAGACCAGAAGUAGAGAAAAAAAGCUAUGUCUCCAUGAGGUCUGUGUGCAAUGAGUCAGUCAUGAUCGUAUUCAACGCAAUAUUGCAGGACUCCAAUUCUCCUCCUGCACUACUCCAAAUCAUGGAAAUCUCAUUAUAGUGUUCCAGGCAGUGCUGUCAUGCUCCCUUCUAGAAUUUUCUGGUUGUUUCGUCAUAACAUCUUGAUAACAUCUUUGCAGAGCUUGAAAACAUGGCAGGGACCACGCCACUUCAGACACUAGUGCCCAGUCAGUUGCCCGAAGUUCCUACUGACACAGUGCGCAAAACGCAUCUCCAUAUUGUUUUUCUAUUCGUGUGUGUCUCUGUUCUGCAUUCAUGCUGGUGCCCUCUACUGGCAGAAACAGUCAACACAGCCCUGAGAGAAAGAAGCACCCUGUGAUAAGCUGUUGCUUUCCUUUAAAUAUCGACCUGAAUCAGAAAAGCCUGAAUUAAGGAGGCACACUCAGGUGUAGUUACUUUAGUCAAACGUAAGUUGUAAAAGCGUAAUCGCCACAAAGUUAAUAAGGAUGUAGCUUUCUGUAGCAAUUACCGAUGUAUACAUGUCGGGUCUGAUAACCAUGGGUUUUUCGAUUGGUUGGCUCAUUUACCAAAUGUUACAUCGUAUUUGCAAUCUUGGAGAGAAAUGAGAAUCAAGGAAUUGUACCAUUUGAGGCGAAUAUCAAGAACAAACUUAGACGGGCUAUUAAAAUAUCCAAUUUUGUCACUGUGCUUAAAACUGAAGCUUUUGCAAUUUCUCUGCCAUGUGUACGUUUUGUUUUUAUUUUUUGACAAGUGAUGAGUACAUAGUUACAAUCAAUGCGACACACCAAGUGCGCAUCAUCCCUGUAGUGUCAUCGCCUUACAUUGAAAAUUCUAAAAAAGAUAUACUCAGAGACAGGUGUAGUCAUUUCUUUGGAUACAUUCCUUAACAGGUAUCUAAUGACAACAUAGUGACGCCAGUGACGCCAGUGCAACCCAAAACUAGCGUUUAAGCUCAUGGAAAGGGAAGUAUUGGCUAUUUGUGGCGAUAGAAGUCUAACACUCUAUACUUUAUUUCGUGCUAGACAUUGGGAUGCAUUGUCAUGUUGGAAUUUGGAGUGAAAGUGAUGGAAUAGUCAUGACUUCUUCGAGACAAUAUUGUCACUGAAUUCAGUGGUAGUCAGCCACUGGGUCUUCGUCAAUGAAAGAAAAUAGAAUACCCGGAUUGCGAUGUCUCUUUCAUUCAGCUGGUCAGCGCAGAUCAGGUGGAGUUCAUGUUCUGGUACAGCAAUUUCCUCCGGCCUACAGUUACAAAUUUUCUUGCGGGGACCUUUUCACGUCCCUAGAAAGGUGCGCCUGAAGUUCAAAUUCUCCUCAAUGCGUACCCUGCAUUCAUACUGCACUAUAUCUUAUCCUCUAGUUUGAAAGAAAGAACGAUCAGUGAACAAGAUUGUGGCUACUGUAUGCCCUCUUCAUAUGUGUACCACUACAUGUCGUGUAAAGCAACACAUGUUAUGUCCAAUUAACUAUCAAAUACUCAGAAAACAGCAGCAGUUUUUUUUUUUCGCAAGCCAUCUGCCCGUUUCACUUGUUAAAUAUGUAAGCGUUACCCAGUUGCCAUCCCGAGCUCUUUCAUCAUCUAAAUGAAGCGUUCUGAAAAACCGGCACCGGGGAGAAGUCCAGCAAAUACCAGGACGUCAAUAAAACCAUCGCUAAUUUCUCUUUCGCUCUCUUUAUCUGAGCUGUCACUAUUUGUUUCGCACGCCUCGCCCAGGCGAUCAUGCCGCGUCAGUCUACAGGGAGUAAGGCAGCCACUGCCUUGUCACUAGAACCUUUUUUUGUGUCUUUGUACCCGCGGUUCUUUCUUUAUUUCUUUUUUUUCUAUGGCCGCACAGAGCAAGAGACGAAGCCUGUUUCCAUAAGCGCGCCCGCGAAAUGUGGUACCCAUGUGUGUGUGUGUGUGUGCAUAUGUGCGUGCGCGUGUGAUGUGUACGUGAGCGCGAAGACGAUGACGCGGGACUGCCGACGCCCAGCUGCACUGCACCUUGGUUCCCCUGGUCACCGUUUGUGCACACUUCUCGUCGCAAGCUCUUAGGAAAAUAACGGACAAUCUACUGCCAAUAAAGCACACGGAUGAAAUAAAAAUGAAGCCCUACAGCACAGAG